AUGGUUAUUAGAGGUUCAAAGAAUAAAUUUGAAAUCCUUAGUGCUGUUGACCCUGGUAAUCUGUUGGAAAUCUCUACUGCUGAUUCUAGUAAAAAACAGAGAGGGUUGUCUGAUCAUCCUUUCACUGGUCCUUUAUUUACGUGGACAAAUAAGCAACAAGAUACAUUCCUGUCACACAAGCUGGACCGAAUCCUUGUCAAUUCCAACUGGAUUGAAACUUUUCCAUCUUAUGAUGUCGAAUUUCAGGCCCCUGGGAAUUCUGAUCACUGCCCAGGACUCGUUUGGUUACACAAGAAAAUCCAUGCUGCUAUGCCUAAGCCAUUUAAGUUUUUUAACUUUUGGACUGAGUAUCCCAACUUCAUGACCAUUAUCAUGGAAUCCUGGCAGGCCCCAGUUAAUGUUAAUCCAAUGAGCUGCUACAGUGAUAUAUCGGGGCGAGUUAGGGAUAAAAGAGAGGAAUUGAAGAGUUUGUAUCUUGUCAAUCUUGAUCCAUCCACUUCUAGUAUGAACAUUCAUGUUGAAGUGGAAACCGAGAGGGAAUUAAGGACCCUUGAGGAGAUGGGGGUAGCUGACCCUGAGGCUAAGGGCAGUAAUGUUAGUACCAUUAAGGAGUUACUUGGCUAUUCUUUUCCAAGGAAUGCAACUGACACCUUAUGCAAGGAUAUCUCUGAUGCUGAGAUUAAGGAGGAACUUGUUAGGGGUUACUCUAGGAAGAAUAUAUCUCCUAGAUGUGCACUCAAAAUCGACUUGCAGAAGGCUUUCGAUUCCUUAAACUGGGAGUUUGUAGGUGUGAUCUUGCAUGCUUUGGGAUUUCCUGAUAAAUUCAUUAGCUGGAUAUGGGCUUGCUUUACUAACCCUAGGUACUCUAUUGUUCUCAAUGGUAGUCUUGUUGGAUAUUUUAUAGGAGCUAGAGGUGUGAGACAGGGUGAUCCCAUUUCACUCUACAUCUUUAUUCUUGCCAUGAAUGUGCUUUCAAACCUCUUGAAUGUGGCUGCUUUAAAUGGGGUCUUUGGUUAUCAUCCUAAGUGCAAAAGGAUUGGGCUUACCUACCUUUGCUUUGUGGACGAUCUGCUCAUUUUCUGCAAGGGAUCUAUUGAUUCUGUCAUAGGGGUGCAGGUUAUCCUAGACCAUUUCUACUCCAUGUCAGGUUUGAAGUUAAAUGCUAGCAAGUGUCAGAUAUAUGUUACUGGUAUUCCUGCUGAGCAAAUCAGUUUCAUCAGGGAAUUUACUGGCUUCAAUUUGGGUACCCUCCCAGUUCGGUACCUGGGUGUUCCUCUGGUUACUAGGAAAUUGGUUGUGAAUGAUUGUCAAGCUCUUAUUGACAAGCUCAGGGAAAAGUUAAGUUUAUGGGCUAAUAAGCACCUUAGCUUUGCUAGGAGGUUACAACUCAUUCGUUCCGUUCUGCUAAGCAUCUCGAACUAUUGGUGUAGGCAACUUAUACUGUCGUAUCCAAUCAUUAGGAAAGUGGAGCAAUUGUGUUCCCGUUUCUUUUGGAAUGGGGCUGAUGUGCUUGCUAGAGGUGCAAGAGUUAAUUGGAAGAUAAUUUGCCUUAUGAAAUCUGAAGGGGGAUUGGGGUUAUAA